CACACACACACACGAAAAGAAGCCAUUGAUGGAGAAGAUAUGGCAAAACUCAAAGAUCCUGCAUUCAGCAUCUAAAUACCUCCCCCACCCACAACCUCCACCACCACCAACACACAUUCAAACCAUAUCAACUUCCCCUGCUGCAGUUAUCAAGUUGUCACGUAGACACCUCGCAAUCUGCACCAAAUCAUCUCUGCUCCUCCUCUUUCAAGACCAGUUCCAUCUGCCUAAAGCAAGAGCACAAGAACAAACCCUCUUCAAAACCACCCUUGAUGACAAUCCAACUGAGACUAAUACAAUCACAACUCCUGUAGACGAGAAUCCAGUUGAUGCAAGUGACACCAUCACUCCAUCUGAAGACCACCCAGCGGAUGCCAGUAGCACCAACACUCCCACCCAACAAAAUCCAGUUGAGACCACCAUUUCCACCCAAGAGAAUGCCGUUGAGACUAGUGGCACCACCGCUCCCACUGAAGAGAAUCAAGUGGAAGCUAGUGGCACCACCCAAGAGAAUCAAGUGGAAGCUAGUGGCACUACCCAAGAGAAUCAAGUGGAAGCUAGUGGCACCNGGCACCACCCAAGAGAAUCAAGUGGAAGCUAGUGGCACUACCCAAGAGAAUCAAGUGGAAGCUAGUGGCACCACCCAAGAGAAUCAAGUGGAAGCAAGUGGCACCACCCAAGAGAAUCAAGUGGAAGCUAGUGGCACCACCAGUCCCGCUGAAGAGAAUCCGGUUGAGACUAGUAGCGUCACCACCAAAGAUGGUCCAGUUGAUGAUGAUUCUGCCAGCACCACCACAACUACGAUAGACAGCUGCACCGAAAAAGUUCUUACCAAACGGGCUUUUCUUGAUAUAUCAAUCGAAGGCAAACCCAUUGGACGGGUUGUCAUUGGACUAUAUGGGAACAAUGUACCAGCUGGGACUACUAAGUUCAGUGAUUUCGUCAGUGGAGCAGCAGGUGUUAGUUACAGAAAGAAAGAGUUCAUAAAGAUUACACCAAGUUAUGUGCAACAUGGUGGGGUUAGAUCAUAUGGUGUCGACGCUGAACUCGCAGCUAAAACUGGGAGGAAUUUUGCAGUCGACAAUCUCGUUGCUGAAUUGGACAAAGAGAACGGAAGAUGUCCCGGGACGAAGAAUGUUGCGGGAACUAUUGGUAUUAUUGUAAGGGACCCGCUCAAGCCACCUCCAAAGCAGAAGUUGGUUGCCCGGAAUGGCAAGCUGGUAAUUGAUGAAGAAGAAAUAGGAAAGGAACCAAAUGGGACUGAGUUCGUGAUCUCAAUAAAAGAUUCACCAGAGUUGGAUGCAUCAACAUUGGUGAUUGGGAAAGUGCUGGAAGGUAUGGAGGUUGUUGAGAAGAUGGGUCAGGUUAAGACUGUGCAAGAGAACACUAGUUCUCCCUAUUUCAGGGUAGCCAAGUUGAUUGGCGAUAAAAGGGCAGUUGUUGCAGAGAGAGGGUUCAACAGACCCUAUUCAAAAGUAGUGAUUACCAAUUGUGGGCUAAUGGCAUAACUUUCUUUCAUCCUUUGUGUUAGUGAGAUAAAUUCAUGGAGUUGUACAUCAAUGCGAAUCCCAUUCUAUGUUUGAUUAUGUAAAAGCCUAAAAGUUUUGUGACCUUUAAAGUACUAC